UUAGAACGGUCUUUCAAGUGACAAAAAAAAAAAGAGAAAAGAUAAGAGAAAUUCGAAGGAAUCUACUUAAAUUACGUGUUUAUCAGGUCGCCGAAGAGAAAGAGAGAAAGAGACGUACAACUUUUUUAAAUUCGGAAAACUUUUGUUUCAAAUAAAUAGAUUGAGAAGUCGUCCGAUUUUUAUUUCAAAAUAGAUUGAGAAGAUACACCGUCCCAAAUAAUACACUUCUGAAUCACAGGACCUCGUCUAUCUGACUCGCUUCCUUUUCUUUUGAAACAUUUAUAUUGAAGAUUUAAUUGAGACAAAUCAAUUUUAUUUUUUACAUUUUGCUUCCAUACUUCAUUUUAAUAAUAUUGUCUCUAAAUCCGAUUAAUUACCGAUCUGUUAAUUAUCGAAGAUUAAAAAUUACUACCCACAAACUUUCGUUAAAGAUACAUUCUUAACUUCUUGCCAAAUUCUUCGCGGAUACAGUGGCUCUCAGUGCGUUCGAUUUUUUUUCCACCCUACACCGAGAUCAAUGAUCAAGGAUGAGAUUAGACGAUCUGAACAACAGUCGCGUGAUCACCGUCGCAGUGGUCUAUCUCAGUCUCUUCCUGGAUAAUGUGUUGUUGACGGUAGUCGUGCCGAUUAUCCCGGAUUAUCUGUGCACGCUCGACGCGAAUACGACCGCGAGCGCCGAAGAGGACGAAAACGGUCGAGUGGGAUUACUCCUGAGCUCGAAGGCUCUGGUCCAAUUAAUUUUGAAUCCCGCCGUGGGCACUCUCACCGGUACUCUGGGCUACGCCAGACCUCUGUUCCUGGGAAAUCUCAGUCUCUUGCUAGCUGCUUUGCUGUUUGCCUUCGGACAAACGUACGAGAUACUGUUCUUGGCGCGAAGCAUUCAAGGUAUAGCUUCAGCGUGUAUAGCAGUUUCCGGCAUGUCAUUGGUCGCCUCUCAAUAUUCCGAGGAGGACGAAAGGUCCAAAAUCAUGGGUUUCGUUCUCGGCAGUAUCGCUCUGGGUGUCCUCCUAGGCUAUCCAAUCGGCUCCGUGCUAUACGAUCUCGAGGGAAAAAUGGCACCUUUUCUAUUGGUGUCCAGUCUCAUCAUUUUAGUAAUUUGUCUGCAAGUUCUGACGUUAGGUGUUCAAACCACCGCCAAGCCAAGCGAGCAGCAAACUACUUGGCUGCAUUUAUUGUCCAAUAUACCCAUCCUCAUUAUCUCUGGUGCAAUUUGGUGCUCGACGUCGCCGAUGGCGAUAUUAGAACCCUGCUUGCCGAUUUGGCUCAGGACUCACAUAAAACCUAAGAAAUGGCAAUUGGGCACGGUAUUCAUACCGGACAGCGUGGGCUACUUAAUCGGGACCAACUUCUUUGGCGUGAUAGCGUAUCGUUACGGGCGCAGCAAAGUGGCGAUCCUGGCUAUGUUCGUGGUCGGCGUUAGCGCCAUUCUAAUCCCGUCUGCGAAUACAAUGUCGCAGUUGAUAUUCCCGCAUCUGGGAAUGGGUCUGGGCAUCGGCGUUGCGGAUGCAGCUCUGGUGCCGUUGUUGGCCAGUUUAGUGGACCGAAAUGGCAACUACGGACCCGUUUAUUCGAUCCAACAAGUGGCUGUCAGUUUGGCUUACUCCUUAGGGCCUAUCACGGGUGGCGAAAUGGUCAAAGCUAUUGGAUUCCCGUGGGUCAUGCGAGUCGUGGGCAUCGUGAAUGUAGCGUACUGUCCAUUGUUGAUAUACCUCACGUUGGAACGAAGAAAGUUGUUGGAGAGGAAAGAGGAAAAGAAGGACUACGACACGUUUCAAAAAUCCAUCACGCCCUACGAAAGAUUUCACGAUUCCGACGAAGAUCUUUGACAGUAAACGAGAUACAUUUUUAGCAAUAAUCACAAACUGAAUGUUAAUUAACUCGGAGAAACUUUGUAAAUUGUUACAUAUACGAAAAGAACAAUUUUACUGCGCUUUAUCUAAAAAAAAUUUAGCUAGAUACAGAUCAGAAAAUAAUUUUAUGUUAGGCCAUCAAAAUAAUUAUAUCGGAGCAUGAUAAUGUUACGUAAAAUAGUUUUGAUAUUCUAGCAGCCAAGCUAAACAUCCAAUACAAUUUUUUUUUAAUGUAAAAUUCAACAGAAUUAUUUUCAAUUCUGUGUUUUAGCAAAAUUGUUCUUUCCGUGCGUGUUAACAUUUUUUUCUUUUUUCAUUUCGAGAGAUAUGGUUCAUCAGUUGUGUUUUUAAAAAUAUUAUAUCGUCUGUUUAUUAUAUAAUAUAAUUUUCGCGAGCCAUUGUCUCCAUUUUAGACAAUUGCGCGAUGUCAAAUAUCAUUAAAUUCGCUUUUGAACACCUCGAAA